AAACAUGCCGUUCCCACUGAUAAAGCUUGUAUAUUUAUUUGUCAAGCAGGUUAGUAAACCUGUGGCCACAAGGGUAACAAGUUAUAUGAAAGAAAAGCCGUUUAUACGGAGACAUGUAAUGAUUCCAUUAGCGCAAGUCUAUCACAGAACUGAAGCCAAUCUUAGAUUGAUGCUGAUGUAUAAUCAAGCUGGCCACAAAGUGAAAAUAAAUCCACUGACUGAUGAAGCUGCAGUAGCUCUAGCCACGGACAUGAUGAAUGAUAUUUUCAUUUUUACAAUUGCUUUUGUUGUGCUUUAUCAAGAGUAUGUAAGGAGUUCCAAGAGUAGUGCGGCAGAAAAACUUCAGAGGGAGAAUGAGAUCCUAAGCAUUAACAACCAGCUUGAUGACUUGGUGUUAAUUACGGAGCGACAUGAUGCUCAGUUACGGGAGGCAGAGAGGGAGCGAGACCAUCUUCUGACCAUGAUCAGUGACCUCAAGACAUGGUCCAAACCAUGCACAAAAUUAAUAUAUGAGAGACAGGAGUCUCAUUUACGUGAAGUAUUCAGACAAAUUCGAAACUUAAAAACAAUCCAGCUAACGGUACAUAAAAAUUCAAAAACGGAACAUAUUGACAUAGCUGUAGAACAAGAUAAAACUCAAUGAGUUGCUAGUGCUACAAAGUAGUUUACUUUUUCCAUCUGGUUAAAUUAGGUUUUAGUUUUUUGAUAUAGGUGUAUUCCAUGGGGAAGGGAGGAGGUGCAACUGAAAUAAAUGUACUUGUAAUACUUACAAAAAGAACUAUGGGUGAUAAGUAGGGAUGUCAACAAAUAUUCGAACAUUCGAAUAUUCAUUCGAUGAGUUGAUAUUCGAAUAUGAAUUUAAGAUUCGAAUAUUCGGUGUUUUUCAGAUUUCAUAAAAAGAAGUACUGUGAUUAAGAACAUUGCUGGAAUCAUCCCCGUUUAAUUUACUAUCGAUCAAUUUCGAUCGCCUGAUUUCCUUCGCUACUUUCUUAUCUUAUAUAUCUACUAAAUUAUUCUGUAAGUUUUGAGUAAGUUAUUAAAGAAUUAUACAUUAAUGCUUUAUAUAUAUAAUACAAAACAUACUUUCGUAGUUUUUAUUUGUUAAAUACCAUCGGAUCUAAAAUCGAGGACAACAAAAUGAAAACCUUCGAAUGUCUAAAUGACUUGAAGAAUAUACUUAUCAAAAUAAAUUUAAUUGAUCAUUGAAUGAAUGUCCGAUAAAACUAGUCUGUAGUUAAUAUUGUAAAGGGCUCAAUUUCAGAAUAAAUGUGUAAAAUCCUUGAUUAUCUUGGACUGUACAUAAUCCUGAAUUUUAUAUUCAUUAUCAGGAAAUUAGUUAAUUAGCUAGGAAGAUUGUCUAUGGAAAUGAUUGUUUAUAUUUUAAAAACAUUGUAUCAAAGAUUAUAAACAUAUCUCUUACAGGCUGAUAAUUGUAAUUAAUUACACGUAUUGAAAUCUGAAAAGUAUGCGACUAUCCUUUCUUUGGUAAGAUGACUGGUUCCUCAGUUGGAGCUACUAUAAAAUCAUGUGUAUCAUUUGUUAAAAUUAAACUUUUCUACAUUUCAAUCAGAUAUUUAUUUCAAACAUUGACAAAUAUCAAAUGGAAUUCCUUAUAGUACACCUACAAAAGUCUUCAUACAAUUUUACUUCCAAUAUAAGAAAACCUACACUAAACCUUUUAUGAAAGUAGGAUGAUGCAUAUUUAAAAUAAACCAGAUUUUAUUUAUUUUAUCAAAUAUUCAAAUAUAUUCGAAUACUUUCAUUGAAUAUUCGAAUAUGAAUUAUUGACAAAAUUGACAUCCCUAGUGAUAAGGGUCUCAAGUGCCCCCCCCCCCCCCCCUCCUAAAUGAACAUUUUUAUUUUCUGUAAAGAUUUUAUUUUACACAGCUAUACAGAUGACAUUUAUUCAUGAUUUUCAAUUUGAUCCAAAUGCCCUUAAUUUAGAAAUAUGACAUCAUAAAGUUCACCUUUUCGCGCAAUUUUGACAUAUUUUGUAUAAUAUACUAAUUCUCAAGCAAUUUUUCUUUCAAAAAAUAUCAAGGGCUGCCUUGAACAUACAUUAUAUUUUCAUCAUAGGUGUAUUUAUCAGAGACUAAUUACUUACAGAUAAAUUUUGCUUGUUCAAAGCUGCACUCUCUGUUUCCAGCAGGAAAAAUAAUGAGAAAAAUGAAGUUUUUGUCUUGUUUUGAUUGGAUUGCAAAAAUAGCAUCAUUUUUGAUGUCAUUUACUGCCAUUGAGUAAAUGUAAAUGAAAAAAAAAGGAUGGAAGAUGUAUAUGUAAACUCUUUUUUUCAAAAUUACAAAAUCUAACAUACCUGAAUAACUUUUGUAAAUGUUGAUGUUUGGGGGCCAAAAUUGACUCUUAUCAUAUACUGGGUACAUUGUAUAGUCCUUUAACCUUAUCCAACUUCAUGUGAAUCUCAAGUUUUUGCACAAACUUUAACUCUAUCAGUUCACUAUGCAACAUACCUCAGUGAACUCUACCACAAGACAAUAUUUCAGCCAUCCAAAUCAAACACUGACUACUGCUCUUGUUUUAAAUACUGCUUGUGUUUGUAUUAGUUGGGGCCAUGGAUAUCGGCCUGGACAGCUCAGUCGGUAGAACACCUAACUAGUGAUGAAGGAGUCCCGGGUUUGAUUCCUGGUCCAGCCAUUCAUUUUCUCCUUUCCUGUCACAUAAUUUGGUGCCGUUGACCGUCCCUGGACUUGCAGGUAAAAGUUUUGCCAGGGGCAAAAAGAACUUGGGUUGUGUCUUUGAGGGCGAAGACAAUUUAAGGAGGGAGAAAUGUAAUGGUUGGGGCUGUGGAUAUUGGCAUAGAUAGCUCAGUCGGUAGAGCACCUUACUAGUGAUGCAGGAGUCCCGGGUUUGAUUACGAGUCCAGCCAUACAAUUUCUCCUUUCCUGUUACUUGUUUAUCACAUGAGUGACCAGUUGACUACAUGUCUUUAGAGGAGGUUCAUUAUCAAGGUAUUUAUUAGUUCUACAUGGACCAAACUUGUAUGGACAAUCAAUGCAUCUAGAAAUAUAUGCUACCUGACAUGUCUCAGAUGCUGCAUCUGACCCUAAAUUUUUGGAAUGAGUUGCGACAUAACGAGAAAAGAAAAAUAUAUAGCUGGACCAGGAAUUGAACUCUGGUGGCCGGCAUUACUUGUCAAGUGCUCUAAUCACUGAAUAGUUGAGGCUAAUAUCCAUGGUCCAUAAAGGCCCAAACCACUCCAUUUCUCCUUCCAUGAAUUGGCAUCACAUACCCUCUAAAACACACAACCCAGAUUUCCUAGCCCCUCUCAGUACUUUCACCUGCAAGUCCAGGGGUGAACAACGGCAUCAAUGUUAACAAUAAAGGAAAAAAAUUAUGGUUGGACUGGGAAUCAAACCCAGGACCCCUAUAUUACCAGUAAGGUGUUCUAACCACUAAGCUUCUGAGGUCAAUAUCUAGUCUUUAUAGCCCAAACCACAGCUAUAAGAAAUCUGUUUUUACAGCAGGUUAAUUUCGAAGUAUAUACAACAAGAAUAAGCCUUAUAAUGUAAAACUUUUGUGGAAAAUCGUUAUUUUAUACAUGUAUAUGCACUUGCUAUCUAUGAUAUAUUCAAAAUAAAAUUUUACUGAUGAGUUAAACUCAAGCAUUUCGUUGAGCAUCAAUUUGUAUGAGACAAUCAUCACAGAUGACAUUUGCCAAAGUAAACCUUGUUAUUUUUGAUAGUCGUACUUUGUGUAUCUGAUUAAAUUGGGAAAGUUUAAACACAAUUGUUCUGUUAACUGCAUUUGUAUAUUGUCAUUCUUUGGGCAUGACUCCCUUUUACCAUGCAAUAAAUUAGAAAAAGGAUUGAGUCUUUAGUACGUCAGUAUGUACUCCAUGUGAUAUUUUGUUUUAUAUGUAUACCAAACAUUUGUGUUGAUCACUUAGACUCUUUGUGAAUGCUUUAUGCUAGCUAUCUUAAAGUUUGUUGAAGCAUAAUAAUUGGAAAAUUCUGUUUAUGAUGUGUGCAAAUAAAUAGUAGAUGAAA